AUGGUCCGCGCAGUGGUGAAGAACACCUUCGUCGAGCUCGAGGCGGAGGAGGGCGACGAGGGAGCCGAGGGGCUCCCCGCCGGGCGCAGGGCGCGCUGCCAGUCGCUGGGCGCGGGGCGCCCAGGGCUCCGCGCGGGCGGGGGGGGGGCCGUGCCGUCCGCGGUGGUGCUGCUGGGCAGCCUGAACCGCCUGCUCCGGGCCGGCGCCCCCGCCGAGGAGGGGCCCUCGGUCGGCGAGCUGCGCGAGCUGCAGCGCCGGCUCUUCGAGCUCACCUCGCGGAAGCCCCCGGGCGGCGGGGGUCUCGCGGGCUCGCGCGGCGUGCCGAGCAGCGGCUCCCUGAGCACGAUGGCGCCGGGGGAGGAGGAGGCGACCACGCCGCCUCUGAGCGCGAGGGGCCAGGCUCGGGGCCGCAGGGUCUGCGGCAGCGGCAAGCAGGCGGCGAGUCCCGCCGGCGGAGGGGCGGGCGGUGCCCGCGCGGCGGGGGCCGGGGCCUCCCGCGAGGUACCGAGGUGCCCGAGCCUGGCGGACGAGUUCUCCAGGUCAAACCAGAAGGGCCCCAUCACGACCCUGAUGAUCCGAAACAUCCCCAGCCGCCAUUCGCAGGGGGAUCUCGCCCGGGAGUUGGACGAGCUCGGGCUCGCGGGCAGCUACGACUUCCUGCACGCGCCAGUGGACAAGGGCACGAUGUGUAACCUCGGAUACCUCUUCGUGAACUUUGUGAGUGAGGAGUGGGCGAAGAGGUGCACGCGUGUCUGCCACGGCUACCGCUUCCAGAAGUACGGCAACCGGGCGGCUCGCAGCAAGAUCGCGGCUGUGUCGGUGGCGCGCAUCCAGGGGCUGGAGGCGAAUAGGAGGUAUUACGAGAGCUCCAGGGUGCGCGGCGGCCCCCGCUGCGCUGGCACCUCGGCGUGA